UUUGAACAAGCUAAGCUAAGCUAGCUAGCUAGAGCGAGGCCGGGCAUUCUUGAGCGACACGCCAGUUUUUAUAAUCCAAACCGCGCAAAGGAAUCUUUUUUGUUAUAUAUUCCGCCAUGUUACCCUUGAUCGAUGGAGUACGAACGAGUACGAGAGCUGAUUAUAUAAUCGCCCCUGCUCCUGCAUGCCAGACUCUCUCCAUCAUCCCUUGUUCCAUCGCAUCAAUUUCUCAAGCUCUCUCGAGAUCCAGGAAACCAACUCUCUGCUGUGAAGCAGCGAAGGACCUCCGUGCGUGCGUGAUGGGUGACGACGGCGCGACGAAGGCGGCGACGGGCAUGAAGCAGAUCGCGCGGCUGCGGGAGCUGCUGCACAAGUGGCAGACCAUGGCGCUGGGGGCCAACAAGCAGCAGCGGGAGGAUGAGGUGCCGGAUGUGGAUGAGGAGAUGGUGGCGUCGGCGAUCCCGCCGUUCGUGCUGCGGCGGCUGCGGCGUGCGGACACGGCGGACUCGGUCCUGUCGGACGACGAGAGCUGCCACAGCCCGGAGCCGCCUCCGGACGUGCCCCGCGGGUACUGCCCCGUGUACGUGGGGCCCGAGCAGCGGCGGUUCGUGAUCCCGACGACCUACCUGGCGCACCCCGUGUUCCGGCUCCUGCUGGAGAAGGCCGAGGAGGAGUUCGGGUUCCGGCACGAGGGCGCGCUCGCCAUCCCCUGCGAGACCGAGGCAUUCAAGUACAUCCUCCAGUGCGUCGAGCGACACGACAAGGGCCUCGCCGCCGACGGUACGCGCAUGCUGCAUACUAGUAGCUAGCAGGGCCAUUCUCAAUAAGCGAGCCACCCGGGCAUGGCGCUGGAGCAAGAACCGGCGAUGCACCAUGCUUAGAUCCUAGACUAGAUGGUGUUUGUAUUGCAAUGUGAUGUACACUGCUACUUGUAUUCUUUUCUUCAUUUUAUUUUUUGAAGCUAAAGGACUGGUGUGUAUGAUGUCUGGUAUUGAGGACAUUGUUUGUAAGGUCAGGAAUUCAAAUUGAUCUGUCCGUCACUGGCAGUCCUGCUAAUCACAAAGUUGUACUUGGUUGUGAAAAACUCGGUUAGUCUGCAA